UCCUGUUUGUUAAAGGCAUGCCGGCUACUGCAUUCAAGAGGGCCAUUUCUUAACAAAGGGAAGGAGAUAGAUGUAAAUAAGCUCACAUUUUCAGAAUGAGCGGUUCGCUGUAAGAAGCUGUGGCAGCCCAGAGUCUGCUACUUUGGGCUGGGCUAACCUUUCCCUGUUUAAAAAAAAAAUGGAUUAAAAUAUGCACUUUUAAAGUGCGAGUUGCCCGUUCACAUGCUUAUUAGCUAAUUUUCUGCCCGCUUGAGCACACUCUCUCAUCUAGCACAUUCUUUCUUGGGAUGAAAAGUUUACACUCCUGCUAUAAAGGAUGAGUUCAGCUGAUACUUGAUGGCGUCUAGCAUCUCCUGCCAAUCAGAGAUGCGAAUGAAAGCAGCAUUGGAACAAUCAGAUCAUCCUUUCAGAAUGUGUACUCUCUGAAUACUGCUCUCUGGAGGAGUGCGAAAAUCAAUUCUCAAUAUUAAGCAUCCAUUGGAGGAAAUCCCUAACCACAGUGCCUCCAGAAAGUUAUUUGAUCACCCAAGUCUCAGAUAAAAUUGGUGCCAGAAUUUGGUUUGAACUAAUGCGGAGGAAAACAUUUUCUACCAGUCCCUAGUGUGAGAGUGGUGAACCCUGCAGCCAGCAGGCCUCCUGAAAUAAAUCCAUGGGUGACGGAAGAUUAAUUGACUUCCAAUUCCAAGUUUUAAAUUCAAGCCUCAGACCCAGAUUGGGCAAUGCUACUGCCAAUAAUACUUGUAUUGUUGAUGAUUCCUUCAAGUAUAAUCUGAAUGGUGCUGUCUACAGUGUUGUAUUCAUCCUGGGUCUGAUAACCAACAGUGCCUCUCUGUUUGUCUUCUGCUUCCGCAUGAAAAUGAGAAGUGAGACAGCUAUUUUUAUCACCAAUCUGGCCCUCUCUGAUUUGCUCUUUGUCUGCACUCUACCUUUCAAAAUAUUUUACAAUUUCAAUCGCCACUGGCCUUUUGGUGACACUCUCUGCAAGAUCUCUGGGACUGCAUUCCUUACCAACAUCUAUGGGAGCAUGCUCUUCCUCACCUGUAUUAGCGUGGAUCGUUUUCUGGCCAUUGUCUAUCCCUUCAGAUCUCGUACCAUUAGGACCAGGAGGAAUUCUGCCAUUGUGUGUGCUGGAGUCUGGAUCCUGGUCCUCAGUGGUGGUAUUUCAGCCUCCUUGUUCUCAACCACUAAUGUCAACAAUACAACCACCACCUGCUUUGAGGGCUUCUCCAAACGUGUUUGGAAGACUUAUUUGUCCAAGAUCACCAUAUUUAUUGAAGUUGUUGGCUUCAUCAUCCCUUUGAUAUUGAAUGUCUCUUGCUCUUCUGUGGUGCUGAGAACCCUCCGCAAGCCUGCUACGCUGUCUCAAAUUGGGACCAAUAAGAAAAAAGUGCUGAAGAUGAUCACAGUGCAUAUGGCAAUCUUUGUGGUCUGUUUUGUACCCUACAAUUCUGUUCUCUUCCUGUAUGCCCUGGUGCGCUCUCAAGCCAUUACCAAUUGCUUUUUGGAAAGAUUUGCUAAAAUUAUGUACCCAAUCACCUUGUGCCUUGCAACUCUUAACUGUUGCUUUGACCCUUUCAUCUAUUACUUCACCCUUGAGUCCUUUCAGAAGUCCUUCUACAUAAAUACCCAUAUCAGGAUGGAGUCCAUGUUUAAGACUGAAAUACCUCUAACCACAAAGCCUUCCCUUCCAGCUAUUCAAGAGGAAGUCAGUGAUCAAACAACAAAUAAUGGUGGUGAGUUAAUGCUAGAAUCCACCUUCUAGGUACGAGAAUUGUCUUUAGAUCCAAAUAUGAUUUCUCCUAUGAUUAUUUUCCUGUUAUGAAUAAGAUGAAAGAUUUGAAGCUAAUGAUACUGAGAAUAGAUUAAUGUACUAAAUACAGCCAAAUACAUUUAUUUGAGCAUUUACUGUAUAUAUUCUGAUUUGUUCAAUAAUUAUAGGUCAGGUCUAAUUACUACAACCAAAAGUAAUUGCCAAACUCUUCUGCUGGGUUGAAAUUUUAUUAUAUCACAUUAUAUAACUGGCAAGUGGACUUGACUUUAGUGAUAUGGGUAUUACUUUCAAACUUUUAAAAACAUACUCCUGAAAAUAUUUGGUAAUUAGAUUGGGCCUAUAAAUAUAGAACAAAUUCAGGGAUUAUUUAAAACAGACAUUUUGUGUUACUACUGAUAUAUUUUUGUUUGAAUUGUUUUUCUUUGAAUUUCCAUCAAGUUUAUUUUGGCACAAGAACAUAUUUUAGCCUAAAAUAAUUAAUAAGAAAUGUAUCCAAUUUAAAAGGGCUGGCAAAUUUAUUUAUAUAUGUUGAAAGCAGAAACAUUAAUUGUGUUUGCAUGAGCAUGGAUGGGAAGAAACAGAAAAUUAACUGGAUUUACACAUUUUCAGUCACCAACAGUGUUGGUUUUUUUAAAUUCUUUUUUUUUUUUACUACAUUAAGAAUUUCAUAUGAAACUUCAAAUCCAGAAAGCUGAUAAAUAUUUGCCCAAGACAGUUAUACAAUGGAAAAUCAUGUAAAACAACAAAUGUCCAUUAAAAAUCUAAGUAACACCAAUAGUUUUUUCUUAGAAUUUCCAAUUUCUAAUAUUACGUUUGAGGGACUGGUUUCUAUAAAAUAUUCUCCAUAUGAAAUUUUGGAGCACAGUGCAGCCAGAAAGCUGUUUCAUUUGUGUCUAUGUUGGAGCAAAUUGGAAAAAAAUAACAAAGUAAUAAUAACAAAUAAAACAAUAAAACCAACAAAAAGCUUUCUUAAAAUUUGCAUUAAUAAUUUAGGGGAUGGGUGGGUAGGAGAGAUUUGUAACUUUAAAUUGCUUCCCCCCCCCAAAUUUUGGAACAUAGUGUAGUCAGACCUGCUGAAUUUGUGCCCAGGGUGGGAGCAUAUUGAAUAAAAUAUAUAAACUAAACCAAACCAAUACAAACAAGAAAACAGAAAAAUUAUAAAACAAUAAGAACAGCAAAACAUAUUUCUAAUACUUGCAUCAAUGUUUUAUUUGUUGAAGAUCUUUAAAUUUAAAAUUUGUAUGAAAUUUUGGAGU